CUUCAUCUGAUCCGUGAACAAACUUUGACAUUGCAGCUGCAGCCAGACUGAUAUGUAACUAAACUCCGUAAAGGACGUUAAAAUAACUCUUUGAAAGACCCAAAUCUUCGUCCUUCAUGGCAGCAGUUCAUCCUGAAGAUGCUUGAUUAAUCACAUCCUGAUCACAUCUAGUCACGUAGAGGAAGAGCAGCUCAUCAUCAACUUCUUCUCCACAAGUGAAUCAUGUUGUCUGCUCGCAGAGUCUCCAGACGUUCCUUUGGAUUUUUCUGGAGGAUGUUCAGCUCUUCCACUGACAAAGGAUACCAGCAGGCAAACGUCGUCAUCCUGCCCAAUCAGCUGGCCGACGACUUUGAAGCGUUCUGUCGCAGGAAUCCCGCCCCCUUACCGCUCCUUUAUCGCAGCCAAUCAGGAGAGACUUCCUGUCCACCUCUGGCAGAACAAGCUGACAUCAGGAAGGAUGUGUCUCAGUACUGUCUGUACGAGGACGGCCGUCUGGUGAGGACCCUCUCCAGUCUGCACAGCUGGGCGUCAGAGCUGCAGGCUGUCCAUCGUGGCUCGCUGUCCGACAUGGUCAGCUUCUAUCUGGGCUGCAGUUUUGGCUUUGAGGGAAAACUGAAGAAAGCUGGGGUCCCGGUGAGGAACGUGGAGCAAGGCCGAAACAUCAGCAUGUACAGGACGGCAGUUCGCUGCAUCCCUGCAGGAGCGUUCUGCUGCCCUCUGGUGGUCACUAUGCGCCCAGUUCCAGCCGGCUUACUGGACGCUGCAGUGGAGGUCACUCAUCUCAACCCGCUUGCUCACGGAGCUCCUGUACACGUAGGAGACCCAGCUCUGCUGGGAAUACAGGACCUGUCCAGACCAGAUUAUGGGGACCAGGUGGAGGUGCAGCCCGGUGAUGUUCCCGUCUUCUGGGCGUGUGGAGUCACUGCUAUCGAGGCGAUCCUCAGCAGCAGGGCGUCUGUGGCGUUCAGUCAUUCUCCAGGCUGCAUGUUUCUCACCGACAUCCCAGACUCUGCUUCCUCCAUCACAGCUCCUCCCCAACCUGAGCUCACCCCCCUCUGCUUCCCUGUAUCCCACAAUCCCUUGCUGUACAGCCUGGUCUCAAAGGCUGCAGUGGCAAAGAUCAGAGAUCUGGAGAUGAUAAUCGGAGACGACCCAGGUCAACGAGGCAUCAGAGCUUUGUUUGUUCAGGAUGAGCUUCUUCGCUCCUGCCUGGCGCUCUCCCAUUCUUCCUCUGUCGUCAUAACAACGGGAUUCCCAACUCAUUACAUGCACAGCCCACCUGAUGAGACAGAUGGCCCCCCUGGAGCCAUUGCCAUGGCAACCAUGCUGCUGUCUCUCGGCAAACAGGUGACGCUGCUGACAGACAGGAGAGCCCUGGAGAUGAACCGAGCCAUCGUUGAUGAAGCGGUGAAGACAGGUGUCCUGAAAUCUGCAAUCCCAUUGGUCACUUUUGAAGACAGUGGUCCAGAUGCUGCGCUGCACUUCCUCUGUCACCAUGGAGACCCAAACAAGCCCAGGUACGACCACCUGGUGGCGAUAGAGCGCAGCGGACGGGCUGAAGAUGGAAAUUAUUACAACAUGAGAGGAGUGAACAUCAAGCAUCUGGUGGAUCCCGUUGAUGAUCUGUUCAUUGCUGCCAAGAAUAUUGCAGGAAUCACAACUACAGGAAUCGGUGACGGUGGAAACGAGUUGGGGAUGGGUAAAGUGAAGGAGAAGGUGAAGAACCUGAUGCCCAGCGGAAGUCUCAUCGCCUGCAACGUUCCUGCUGACUUGGCCAUUACCGCUGGGGUGUCUAACUGGGGGGGUUACGCUGUGGCCUGUGGGCUCUACCUGCUCCACACCUGCCCCUCCCACCAGCGGUACCUGAAGAGAGGACUGGGACAGGAUCCUGUAGCCACCGAAGAACAGCUGCAGGACUGGACCGCCAACCUGCCGUCGGUGGAAAAGGAGGAGUCCUUCCUGUCCACUCUGGUGCGCUUUGGAAUACGAAGUGGGAAAACUGGGCACCUGGCCAUGGAGGUGGAUGGCUUGACCUUUCACCCCACACACUCUGACAUCAUCACCAGACUCCUGGAGGCAACGCUGGGCUCCACCAUGCAGAGCUCCUCCUAGCUGUUAGCUCUGGUUAAAACCGGUCAGAUACUGGCGGUUCUGUUCAGGAGAGCUCAUUUAAGGUGAAAGCUGUUCAUGGUGCUGACAUGAAGACAGGCUGAAAGGAGAGCUGGGGGAUGCUAACAUGCUGCCUUGGUUACCUUUCAGCUCACUUCCUGGACUCUGUGAGAAGGAGGAACUCUCUCUUCCUCUCUGGUUCUUUGCUGACUCAUGAUGAAUAAAUCAAAGCUCUGAAGCUUUAAAAUCAAAGUAAUGAUACUGAUCUAGAAUCAUACUGGAACAACAUUUGGUCCAGAUUUGACUAAAAUAAAUCAAAUGUCUGAUUUAAAGUUAAAGAAACUAAAAUCAUCAUCAUCAAAUAAAUCAUCUGGUCUUCAUCAGCUUAAUUAAUCAACACAUUAAAUUGCAUCAUUAUUUAACAAACUAAAAGUAGAAGCAGCAUGUUGACGUAAUGGUUUCUGAAUGAUAUCAGUCCUGUCACGUGGUUGUGGAGGAAUUGUGCCCAUCAAGGUUUCUGCAGCUCUCUGAAGGUCCCACCACAGCAGGUCAGUCAGGUUGAGGUCUGGACUGGAUCACGUCAACAGCUUGAUUCUGUUGUAGAUCUGCUGCUGUGUUUGGAUCUUUGUCCUGCUGCAUGAGACAGUUUCAGCCCAGCUUUAGCUUCAGGCUGAUGGAUUCCCAUCUGGCUCUAGAAUACUUUAGUAUCCAGAGGCGUUCAUGGUCCACUAAAUGACUGCAAGGUGUCCAGACCAUCAUCCCUCCACCACCGUGCUGACAGCUGCUAUGAGGUGUUUGUGCUGAUGUGCUGACCAAACAUCUCCAUAUUGGUCUGGUCUGUCUAAAGGAUGUUGUUCCAGAAGUCUUGUGGUUUGUUUCGAUGCAGCUUUGCCAACCUUAGCCGUGCUGCCAUGUUCUUUAUAGAGAGAUGAGGCUUUCUCCUGGAGAGUCUGAGAUGUAGCUCUUGGACUGGACUUGCUGGGACGUCCGCUCUGGGCCAGUGGGCAGCUGUUUUGUGAACAAUCUUUUUCUCUAUAGACUGAUGGACUCCAGAUAGUUUGGAAAUGACCUGAUAACCUUCCCAGACUGAUCUCUGAGAUCAUUGCUGAUGUCUGUCCUCCUUGGCAUUGUGUUACUGCUUUAACUUCUGCACUCUGCACCCGGGGCAUGACAGUAAUGUCGUGGAUGGUUAGGUUCUGAUGUUGCCAUGUUGGAGAUGUGCAUUCAUUUAAAAGAAAUACUGCAGGACCAGAUGGUCACUUGGGAAUAAAUGCUUCACUUGCUUUUUCCUCCUGUAUUCAAACUGGAAAUACAUGCUUCCUUUUCUGAGAUUAUCAUAUUUUACAUUAAAAAUCCAGCUAAGCUAGUUCAGGGUUGGAGAAAUACUGACAGAAUGACCCAAAUUAAAGCAUAUAUUUAUUUAUUUUGCAGGCCUACAAGAACAUGUUGCUUCACGUCUCUUUAAAAUCUGUCCUGAAAGGUUCAGUUUUUAACUUCCUGCACAUGGCCAGUCUUCCCACUUAACAAAAGCACAUCUAACAGUAUGACAUAUAGGGGUUUAGUGAAACUCUGGUGAUGUGGGGGUCCUCUGGGAUGCAGAAACAAACCAACUGAUGGGCUGCAGCUGGAACUUAAAUCCUGACUUAAACUCGUUUUGAACACGACCUUCAUCUUCACAUGUAUAAAUCUGACAAUAGAUAGACUGAAGGAAGACUCUGGAGGUCCCUUUGGCUUGUUCUCAUAACUUUCCACCACUAAGACUGAUUUAUUCACAGAAAUAUUUAAUCGAAUAAAAUCACAAUGCUGUAAACUGGUCUGUUUUAUCAGAGUUAAAACUUAAUUAUCUGAAUGUUUGUGAUGUUUCGAUGCAUUUUCUACAUGUUUCAACAUAUAAUCUGCAUUUUCUGAUCUCCUGAGAAAGAAACGGAAGAAUGUUUAUUUGGCAUUGAACCUUUUAAUAGAAGCAAACUUUUCACCCUUUUCAGAAGCAUCUGAAAUAUCUGUGAUAAAUCUUUUCUAAAAGCCUUUAAAUGGAAACUGAAGUAUUUCCUUCUGUGCAACACCCUCACGGCUCUAACCCACACUGACCUGGAUAAUUACUGCUUGUUAUUUGCUUUUAGAUUAUUGGAAAUGUUGCACAGUUUGUAGAAAUGUCAUUUGGAAUAAAACUUAAAUUUUCGGUAUAAGUCAAAUCUGUGCUGACAAAGAGAAUCAGGUCCAUAAAGACACACAACACAGGAUCUAUAAAAGAGAAAGAGAAAAUCUAAAUGCACAAAAAAAUAAUCAUGAUAAUCCAAUAACACACACACAUUUCAGCCAGUGCAUCACAGCCCUGCAGUGGACUAUUUUCCACUCCCGCCGAUCAUUUGGUGGACUAGAACCAGUUUGUAUGCACCGUUUAUUGGAAUUGUUUUAAUAUGGCCUGGCUUUGUGUCCAUAGUUGGUCUGGCGGGGGCCAACUUGCAGGCCUGGGAAGGGAUGUGGUGCCACAAUACACAAAAACAUUAUGUUUCUUUCUUUAUGCUUCUCUAUUGUCAUUUCCUUUCUGAUAAUAGUUGUAUGUUAUAUAUUUUUAAAGAUUACAGACAUUCACAUACUUGUUCACCCACUCUUACAUCCCCACUUCCACACACCCCCAUGCUGGGGUAGCACGUCAGCUUUUUCUGUAUGUAUAUAUAAAUGUUAAAUUCUGUCUCUAUUUCCUGUUUUCUUGCUUUUUAUUUGUUGGGAUCUGUUUCUCUCUGUUGGUGGUGUUAGUAGGGUUUUUGUCUUAGUUUUGGAUUUCACUCUUGGUGGUUGUUGAUUAAAAAAUAAAUAAACUGGU